AUGUCGACCAAUGCCGGGUUUGGCAGUUACGACCCAUCGCAGGUUCCGCCCAACUCUGAUCCUCUACACAGCAUCUUUGGGUCGCCAUCAUCAGGGACAAAUCCAGAGACAGAUGUACCGAAGCGCCAUAGAGAGUACUAUUUUGGGGACGGGAAUGUUAUUCUACUAGUAGAGAACACACUUUACAAACUGCAUCGCUCUAUACUUGAGCGUCACUCCACUGUAUUCCGGGAGAUGUGGUGUGUGCCUCCCCCGGAAAACUCGACGGAAGGGAAAGUAGAUGAGAAUCCCAUCGUCCUUGCCGGGGUCAACGGUGGGGAUUUUAUACGGCUGCUUUGGAUAUUAUAUCCAUCCGUUCUUGGUUCAUGGAGAGCGACGACGGCUGACGAGUGGUCAUCCAUACUAGACCAGGCUGACCGGUGGCAAAUCGAUAGUUUACGUUUCCACGCGGUCUCUCAGCUCAAAAUGCUUAUUAUGGAUCCAAUGCUCAAGAUCAGUAUUUGGAUGCGAUACAACCUAGACCCAAACGACCUUGUGUUCGCCUACGCUACCCUGAUCACCCGAGGUCAGUCUCUCUCGCUCGCGGAGGCGAAUAGCCUAGGGAUGGAGCUAUUUGUCAAGGUUGCUGCAGCGCGAGAGAAGAUCCACAAGGAAGGACUCAACAAUAUCCGCGGAGGGCAUAUUUGGGCCGGAGUCAAUCCCGCCUCUAUUCGUCCCAACAAGGAGUCGGAAGUGCUGGUGGUUGUGAAGGAAUACUUCGGUGUUCCAUGCUUCACCCUUCCGACGACAUUCUGA